UUCAUAUGCUACAAAUUAAACAACUAUUACCCAAAUAUCUCACAAAUUCUUCAUCUUCUUCUUAAAAAAAUGGCUCAAGAAUACCCACUAGAUCCAAAAUGGUACGAAAUAAUCGGUGAAAUAGGAAGUGGAGUAAGUGCCAUGGUAUACAAAGCAAAAUGCUUAAAAAUAAGUGCACCAAAUUCUUCAUCCAUAGUUGCAAUAAAAUCCAUUGAUCUCGAUCAAUCACGAGCUGAUCUCGAAAGCAUCCGCCUCGAAACCAAAACAAUGUCCCUUUUAUCUCAUCCAAACAUCCUUCGUGCACACUGCUCCUUCACCGUCGGCCGCCGUCUUUGGGUGGUGAUGCCAUUCAUGUCUUCUGGUUCAUUACAGUCUAUUAUAUCAUCUAACUUCUCUUCUGGUUUACCUGAACCUUGUAUUGCUGUGGUGUUAAAGGAAACUCUUAAGGCUUUAAGUUAUCUUCAUGAUCAAGGUCAUGUUCAUCGAGAUGUUAAGGCAGGUAAUAUAUUAGUUGGUUAUGAUGGUGUUGUCAAGUUAGGAGAUUUCGGUGUUUCAGCACCAGUUUACGACAUCAACUUCGAUUCAAGGUUGAAGGAAAUAGCAGGAACUCCUUACUGGAUGGCUCCAGAAGUUAUACACUCUCAUAACGGGUACGGGUUUAAAGCCGAUAUCUGGUCUUUUGGUAUUACUGCUCUCGAAUUAGCUCAUGGUAGACCUCCUUUAUCUCAUUUACCACCUUCGAAAUCACUCUUGUUUAAGAUAACAAAACGGUUUCGAUUCUCCGAUUACGACAACGAAUCAUCUGAUAACACUAGAAAACAUAAUACGAGGAAGUUUUCAAAGGCGUUUAAGGAUAUGGUUGGGUUAUGUCUUCAUCAAGAUCCAACAAAGAGACCAACAGCUGAUAAGUUGUUAAAACAUGUGUUCUUUAAGAAUUCAAAGAGUUGUGAUUUCUUGGUUAAGAAUCUUUUGGUGGGAUUACCAAGUGUUGAAGAAAGGUUUAAGAUGAGUAAUUAUAAUAGUAAUAAUAAUAAGAUGAUUAGGGUUAGUAAUUCUUCUUUAGGGAGUAGUAGUUAUAAUAGUAGUACUACUACUCCUACUAUUGAGGAGGAUGAAACUGGGGUUUUUGAGAAACAGAGGAGGGUUAGUGGUUGGAAUUUUAACUUUGAUGGGUUUCAAAUGGAGCCUGUUUAUCCAUUGGGUCUGGGUCAGGGUCACCCGGAUGGGUCUAAAAGGGUCCGGUUUCGUGCUGAGUUGGUUAUACCGAAUAAGCGAGUUGAUUUGGAUGUGUUCAGUUCUAGCUCAGCUUCCCCUUCCCCUGCUUUUAGUACUCCUACAGAGGAACAGGAAGCGGUCGUCCGAGUUGAAGAGGAUCCAUAUCUGGAUCCGGACCCGGAUCCGGAGGGUGAAGAAGGGGUGGUGGAUAGGGGAAGUGUGAUGUGUGGAUUGGUUGCAUUAAGGGGGAGUUUGGAUGAUCAGAGGAAAAAUGUAAAAGAGUUGAUAAGUUUCCUUGGUGGGGAACAAAGUUUAGGAGGGGAAACAAAGGAAGAACAAAUGGUGGAUGUGGUGGAGAGGUUGAGGGGGGAGUUGGAACAAGAGAGGAGGAAAAACAAAGAAUUGCUUAUGGAGUUGGAGUUUCUUAAGGUGAUUGUUUCUGGUGGACCUCAAGAUGAUUGAAACUAUUUUCUAAUUAUAAAAUCGGAACGAUACAAAACAUGUCAGAUGAUAGAAUGUACACCCGGUUGCAUGUAAAACUACAUGCAAUUGUUUGUUUUAUAUAUUUAACCCCUCGUAAAGCAAUAUUCAUAGUUUAAAAACACAUAUUUACAGAUGAAAAGCAACGUGUUGCAAGUAAAAGAACGGGAAGAUAUGUAAGUGUGUGCUUUUAAAUUGUUAAAAUGUUGUUUUAAAUAGGUUAAAAUGUGCUUUUAAGCCGUAAAAGUGUGAUUUUCAUUCCGGUUGCAUGUAAAACUACAUAAACCCAAGUGUACCUUCUAAUUUGUGCUUUAAGUACGUUGUAUUAACAAUUCAAAGACACAAUAGAAAUUGUGAUUAGCAAAUUUAAAGACAAAAAAGCAUAAUGAAAUUAAGUAUAUUUAUUGAUUAGUCAUUUGAACAA